AUGACUUCGAAAACUAAAUGGACGUUUCAAGAGCUUCAGAAAGCGACACAGGAGGAGCUUCUACAGAUAGUAGCAGAUUGUGAGGCAAUAUCCGACGCUCAGGCUAUAAAUUCCGAUCUUGAAGGAGAAAGUGAUGCCGACGACAAUCUUCCAUUGACAAAACAGUUUAUUCCAAGUCAAAACCUACCACCAGGGCAAAAUGAUUCAGAUGAUUCUGUAAAAGAUCCCGAUUAUGAAUAUUCUGGAUCAGACAGUGGAUCUGAGAUGACUAAUGCUUGUAACAGUGGGAUGAAUGAAUGUCAAGGAGCCUUAGACAUCUCAACAAAGGACGUUGAAAAUGAUGAAGAUGAACCAGAAGAGACAGGUGCUGAUGGGGAUGAUAUCGAGUUCAUUUGGACGAAAAUUGGAAGCCAACCAAAGACCUAUAAAGAUUUCAACUAUAAUCAACCACAAGGUGUCAAGGAUAUAGUUGGAUUAACAAAUGGCACCAUCGAUUCACCUGUGCAGUAUUUUCACGCAAUAUUCUCGGACGUAGUAUAUGAUAUGAUUAUUACCGAGUCUAACAGGUACGCAGAGCAAAAAGGAGUUGGUUUGAAUUUUCAACGGGAUGAGUUGCAAGCGUUUUUUGGUAUGCUACUGAUAAUGGGCUUCCAUACCCUGCCAAGCCUAAGAUUGUACUGGUCAACAGAUCAAAACUUCCAUGUAAGCCGCAUAAGUAACGUAAUGUCACAAAAGAGGUUUCUACAUAUUCUUCGCUACCUUCACCUAAACGACAAUGAAGUUAUGCCACAGCGAGGACAAGAGAACUUUGAUAAGCUAUAUAAAAUACGUCCACUUGUUGAUAUUUUGAACGAACGAUUUUCAACCCUUUACGCUCCCUACAGGGAACUCUCCAUUGAUGAAAGCAUGGUUGGUUUCAAGGGUCGUACUACGUUGAAACAGUAUAUGCCCAUGAAACCAGUGAAAAGGGGAUUUAAAGUUUGGGUGAUUGCUUGUUCUCGAACCGGUUACAACUUGGGUUUCAAGAUAUAUGAAGGCAAAGAGCAAACUGAUUCGGCAGGUAUAAGCCUGGGAGAAAGAACCGUUCUUACAAUGUCUGAUAAAUAUAAUGAAACAAAUAUUGUAAUAUUGAUUCCGGACUUAACGAAAACUUCAAAAUCAAAGCUUUCCCAGCCUAGUAUGGUUUUCCCUUAUUUCUCACUUAAUCAAAAACUCUGUGUUGCAUCAUGCAUAAGAAAAUAUCUCAACGCAACAAGCACCUUGAGAAACCCAACCUGUGGCUCCCUCUUCAUAACGCACAGUAAACCUCAUGGCGCGGCAACAAAGCAACCUCUGAGCAGAUGGGUGAAAGAUAUCCUCAAACAGGCAGGAGUGGAUACCACAGUAUUUCAAGCACACUCAACUCGACAUGCUUCUACGUCAUCAGCCUUACGAAACGGUGUUUCCAUCGACACAAUAAGGAAAUCAGCAGGUUGGAGCACACACUCGGAUAGCUUCGCAAAAUUUUACAACAGACCAUUGUCUGAAUCUAAUAAUUUUGCCGAAACAGUGUUAUCAGGGAAAUAA